AUGAUGUUCACAAGUAGAUUAGUGAUUAAUCAGUAUCGUUAUGGUUUCGCUAAAUUGUUUCGUGGUCUUUGUAGUCCAUCGGGAUCUUCAUCAACACAAACAACUGUUGGUUCAAUUGAUUUAAAACUUGACGAUUUAGAGGAGAAACCAGCGUUUCCGGGAUCCCGAUCGAAAUGGACUAGUACCUUGUCGUUUAUCCGAAGUGAAAAUUACGAAGGUAUUCCUGUUUAUCGGGUGAUGGACCGAGAGGGUAAAAUAAUUGAGACUGAUGGAGAUCCAAAUUUAGGCCAAGAAAUGAUAACAAAACUUUACAAAGGAAUGACUCUGUUAAAUACUAUGGAUCGUGUUUUGUAUGAGUCUCAACGUCAAGGUCGCAUUUCCUUUUACAUGACAAGCUACGGGGAAGAGGGAACUCACUUUGGAUCCAGUGCCGCUCUUCGGGACGAUGAUCUUAUUUUUGGACAAUACAGAGAAGCAGGUGUUCUUAUGUGGAGAGGAUUCAAACUUGACCAGUUCAUGUCCCAAUGUUAUGGUAACAUUGAGGAUCUUGGUAAGGGAAGACAAAUGCCCGUUCAUUAUGGAUCACGGGAUUUGAAAUUCGUUACAAUUUCAUCGACCCUUGCCACUCAAAUGCCACAAGCCGUGGGUGCUGCUUAUUUCCUCAAAAGACAAGGAACCGGGCGAAUUGUCAUCUGCUAUUUUGGUGAAGGUGCUUCAUCAGAAGGCGACGCUCACGCUGCUCUUAAUUUUGCCGCGACCUUAGAUUGUCCCAUCAUAUUUUUCUGUCGUAACAAUGGUUAUGCCAUUUCAACGCCAACAGUUGAACAAUAUCGUGGUGACGGAAUCGCUGGUCGAGGUCCUGGUUACGGUAUGGCAACUUUAAGAGUUGAUGGUAAUGAUACACUGGCCGUUUAUAAAGCUACUGCUGCCGCUCGACGAAUUGCUCUUGAAGAGUCCAAACCUGUGCUAAUUGAAGCGAUGACCUAUCGAAUUGGUCAUCAUUCAACCUCCGAUGAUUCAACGGCUUAUCGAAGUGUUGAUGAGGUUCGAUUCUGGCAUCAAAAGGAUCAUCCAAUUUCUCGCCUACGAAAGUAUAUGGAACAACGAAAUUGGUGGAACGAUGAAUCAGAGAAAAAUUGGAAAGAGGAAUCAAAGAGACAAGUGAUGCAGGCCUUUGUUACCGCCGAGAAAAAGGCCAAGCCCCAUGUCAAGGAAAUGUUUAACGACGUUUACGAUGAAAUUCCCGACCAUUUAACCGAACAAUAUGAAUCAUUGAUGGAACACCUUAAACAUUAUGGUGAACAUUAUCCUCUGAAAAAAUUCCAAGGGAUGGAAGAUUCUUGAUUUCGUAUUAACAUCAAUUCAUACAAGUCAUUUAAUCGCUGAGAAAUUUAUUUAAGAGUAAAAUUUAUUGAUUUGAUUUCGCUGAAACUGUAAAUUUGAAAAUUCAGCCAAAUCAGAGGUGCCAAAAGGAUCAACAAUAAUUUCAUACGGAUUGAUUAAAAUUUUCUUAUUCCAUAA